UAAAACCGAAGAUAACAAACCGAUCCUUGCGUCGAAUUUGUCAUUCUGUCGAUCGGUGAUAAGUCAACACAGUCAGAAUUGGAAAAUGCGCCUCCUGAUUGCGUUCGUUUUGGUGAUUUGUGCUCUGCAAGUGGACGUCACGUCUGGCCUCAAGUGCUACGCAUGUGUACAAAACGGAAUCAAGGGGGACAGGAAGUGUGAACUGUCAGCGAAGGAUGUGCCGAAUGGAGUCGUCAACUGCAACAAGAAGUACUGCGUCAUCAGAAGGAUCGAGUACGUCGAUCAGGGAGGCGCCGUGUUUUCCUUCUACCGUGGAUGCGAGCAAAGUCCAGACUUCAUAAACUCCGAGGUGACCGACUCGCAGUUCAAGACCUACUUCCGUUCUUGCACCACAGACCGUUGCAACGACGGCAAUGGCAUUUCAAACGGCGCCGGCGGGGGUGGAUUUGGAGACGACGGGGGUGGUAGUGGGGCCCUUUUGGUUCCGGGAAUCGGUGGCGGUGCAGCGUCCGCUUUUUCUUGCCCAAUUGCGAUUAUUUCUUUACUGAUCUUCUUGCUGAUAAGAUUUGCAUUGUUCUAGACGUAGUCAGUACAUACUCUAAUAUUUAUUAAAUCAGGACUGUGUUGCAAUAAAAAAGUUUUAAUAAUGUA